UGGAAGAUAAAAGUAUGCAAGGACAAAGCUCCAAAAAACGUAUGAAUGCUUAUGAAAAGAGUAGAAUGUCAAGGAUUCAAGAGAACCAAAAAAAUUACAAGCUUUGGGAUUGAAAAAUAUUGCUAAAUCUUUGACAAGUCUAGCAGAGAGUGACAAAACAAAGAAAAAGAAAAACAAAUCAAUGGAUACCAGCAAGAAAGAUAUAGAUGUAGAGUAUAUGCCUGGUUCUGAUAUUGAUGUUGAGCAAGAUUAUCAAGAAGCUGCUACAAAAAUCUCUAAAAAGUCCCUGAAAAGAUAUACUAAUUUAGCACAGAAACGAUUCAUUGCUCCGACUGUCUCCUGUGUGCUAACAUCUUCAGAAUCUCAUAUGAAAAAGGGACAAGUAAUUGAUACAAGUGGGAGAUCAACUCUAGCUAAGAGAAAGUUAUCUGCAGUUGACAACGAUGAUGACCACGGGGAGCGUGACAUGAGAUUUCAUGAUAUCAAUGAAGAACAAGAUGAUGUUGAAUUUGAUGAUAUUGAAGAUAUAGAUAUGAAUGAAGCUUAUGAAGAACAAGAUAGUUUUAAAGAUGAUGGACGUAAAGACAUGGAACAUUUAGAACAAGUGAAUGAUUUAGAAAAUCAGAACGAUGAACUGGUUGAAAAAGAAUGUGGAGUUCCAGAAAAUGAAGAAGAGCAUGAAGGUUCACAACAAGAAAAUGAAGCAGGUUUAAUCUAUCUACUUGAUUGCUUCAUUUUUUUUUGUUAAAUCAUAUAUUUAGUAUUUUUAAUGUAUAUAUGUACAGCAUGUUCACUUUUUGUAGUUUAGAAUUACGUAAAAGAGUGAGAGGACCAACGCGUAUGCCAAAGGUUUGGGCCCAAGAAAAAGGGGAUAGAAUUCCUAUUUUAGUUAAUGAACACGGACAACCUAUUAAUGACAAAAAUAGUCAACUGACCCAUUUCAUGGGAACCCUUUCAAGGAGUGGAAAGUAUUGUCCGAUUUAUAAACCAUGGAAUAAAGUUAAGGCCGCCAAAAAAGAAGCGUUGCUUGCGCUCUUAAAGGUACAUAAUUAAAAAUAUGUAUGUUAAUGACUUAAGUAUUUGUUUUCUCAUGUAACCUGUUUCAUUUUUAGACAAAAUUUGAUAUUCCUGAAGUUGCUAAAGGCUGGAUAUUGCAAUCAUUUGGGCGGAAGGUGAGGAACUGGAGGGAAAGAGUUAAGGAACUAUACCAUGAUCCAUCUUUGUCACUGAAGGAACAAAUAAGUUCUAGGCCAAAACAAGUGCAAAAAAAAAAAA